AUGUUUAGCAAUAAUUUUAUAAUUUUGUUGACGAUUUUUUGCAUUAAAGUUUCGGGUAACAGCGCUCAGUAUGAGAACAAUGGCGGCUACGACAACUUUCAAAGUAUCGGAAGUGUUCCGAUUGGCCUACUCACCGACCAGAACACGGAGCAGAUGAACAUAGUCUUUGACCAUGCCAUCGAUGUGGCCAAUCAGGAGCUGGGCACGACCUUGACAUCGCUGAAGGAGGAGGUGAACUACGGCGAUGCCUACCAGAGCUACGGCAGAUUGUGCAGAAUGCUGGAGACUGGCGUCGCGGGCGUGUUUGGACCUUCGUCGCGGCACACUGCCGUCCAUCUGAUGUCCAUAUCCGAUGCCAUGGAUAUACCCCACAUCUACUCCCACAUGAGCGAGUAUGCGGAGGGCUUCAAUCUGCAUCCGCAUCCGAGCGACCUGGCCAAGGCACUACAUAGCCUUAUUAUGGCCUUUAGCUGGACUCGAUUUAUUUUCCUCUACGAAUCGGCCGAUUACCUGAACAUUUUGAACGAACUGUCCGCCUUGUUCGGGAUGAAUGGACCCGUGGUCACGGUGCUGCGAUACGACAUGCAACUAAAUGGGAACUACAAACAGAUCCUCCGGCGCGUGCGAAAGUCCGAGGAUAAGCGAAUUGUGGUCGUGGGUUCCAGCGAGACGAUGCCGGAGUUCCUGAACCAGGCCCAGCAAGUGGGCAUAAUCAACGAGGACUACAAAUACAUUAUUGGCAACCUGGACUUUCAUUCCUUUGACUUGGAGGAGUACAAGUACAGUGAGGCCAAUAUAACUGGGCUGCGAUUGUUUUCGCCGGAGAAGAUGGCCGUCAAGGAACUGCUCAUGAAAAUGGGCUAUCCCACCGAUCAGGAUGAGUUUAGGAAUGGUUCCUGUCCCAUUACCGUGGAAAUGGCUUUAACCUACGAUGCCAUUCAGUUGUUUGCACAGACCCUAAAGAACCUUCCUUUCAAACCGGUGCCGCAGAAUUGCUCACUGAGAACGGAAAGUGUCCGGGAUGAUGGUUCCUCCUUCAAGAAUUACAUGCGAACGUUGCGCCUCACCGAACACCUGCUGACGGGACCCAUCUACUUCGAGGGAAACGUUCGCAAGGGAUACCACCUGGAUGUCAUCGAGCUGCAGCCCUCGGGUAUCGUAAAGGUGGGAACCUGGGACGAGCAGAGGGAUUACAGACCCCAGCGACUGGCACCAACUACCGCCCAAUUCGAUAGCGUUGACAAUUCGCUGGCCAAUAAGACCUUCGUUGUCUUGCUCUCGGUGCCAAACAAACCAUAUGCCCAACUGGUGGAGACUUUCAAGCAGCUGGAGGGCAAUAGCCAGUACGAGGGUUACGGUGUGGAUCUGAUCAAGGAACUGGCCGAUAAACUGGGCUUCAAUUUUACCUUCGAAAACGGUGGCAAUGAUUAUGGAUCGUACAACAAAACCUCCAAUGAAUCCACGGGAAUGUUGAGGCAAAUUAUGAUUGGGCGAGCUGACUUGGCUAUCACGGAUUUGACCAUUACUUCGGAACGCGAACAGGCCAUUGACUUUACCAUUCCCUUCAUGAAUCUAGGCAUUGCAAUUCUUUAUUUGAAGCCACAGAAAGCCGCACCCGAGCUCUUUACUUUCAUGGAUCCGUUCUCCCCGGACGUUUGGUGGUUCCUGGGCCUCUCCUUUGUGGGCGUGUCCUUGAGCUUCUUCAUUUUGGGUCGCCUGUCGCCGAGCGAAUGGGAUAAUCCGUAUCCUUGCAUUGAAGAACCGGAAGAAUUGGAAAAUCAAUUCACUAUCGGAAAUUCCGUCUGGUUUACCACUGGAGCCCUGCUUCAGCAGGGUUCCGAAAUUGGCCCAAAAGCCUUAUCCACUCGAACAGUCGCCAGCUUCUGGUGGUUUUUUACCUUAAUUGUGGUGUCUUCCUACACCGCGAACUUGGCUGCCUUCUUGACCAUCGAAAAGCCGCAGAGUUUGAUCGAUAGCGUAGAUGAUUUGGCAGAUAACAAGGAUGGAGUUGUCUACGGAGCAAAAAGAACUGGAUCAACCAGGAACUUUUUUAUGACAUCGGAGGACCCCCGAUAUAAGAAGAUGAAUAAAUUCAUGACCGAAAACCCCCAAUAUCUUACCGAAGACAACAUGGAGGGAGUAAAUCGAGUAAAGUCGAGUACUCACUAUGCAUUCCUCAUGGAAUCGACUUCCAUUGAGUACAAUAUUAAGCGAGAAUGCAAUCUCAAUAAAAUUGGAGAUGCUUUGGACGAGAAAGGCUAUGGGAUAGCCAUGAGAAAGAAUUGGCCGCACCGCGACAAGUUCAAUAAUGCCCUGUUGGAGCUGCAGGAGCAGGGAGUGCUGGAGAAGAUGAAGAACAAAUGGUGGAACGAGGUGGGUACAGGUAUUUGCCCUACCACCGAGGAUGCUCCAGAUGCCCAGGCCUUAGAUAUGAAUAACCUAGCGGGCGUGUUCAUCGUACUUCUGGUCGGAAGUUGGUGUGCCCUGCUCUACGGCAUUAUUAGCUGGGUCUUCUUUGUGAUGAAGAAAGCUCAUCACUAUCGGGUCCCGUUGCGCGACGCUCUUAAAGAAGAGUUCCAGUUCGUUAUCGAUUUUAAUAACUAUGUACGGAUUCUGAAAAACUCGGCUUCCAUCUACUCGCGCAGCCGUCAGUCCUCCAUGUCCGUUGCAUCUGUGGCCCAGGACUCGCAAUAGAGUCCUCCGUUUUUCACUACUUUUCAAAUUAAUGUUUGUUGUCAGUUGGAAAUAUUGAUAUUUGUCUCCGUCAUAAAAAAACAUUUUCAUUAAUGUACGUUGCAAGAUUUAUUAAAAGAUUUAAAUUCUCAUUGAACUGAUUUAUGGAAUGUUAAACACUGAAACAUUUUUUAGAAAUAAUAAUAAAUUAUUAUCAAACCAGAAAUAAACUAUGUAUUUUGUUCGCAUUUUAAGGUUGUUAGAUGUUAGACGGAAUGUCGAAAUCACACCAAUAAAUUAUUUAGCUUGAAAGAGCCACAAAGUAUUAUACGAAGAGUUGCUGCUUUUAACCGAUUUAACCAAUUGUUUG